AUGCCAGACUUCCAACGAGCAACAUCCUCAACCCCAGAACCAGACACUGAGCCAGGCUCAACAUCAUCUUCAUCCCACGGACCAUCCUCAGGCCUAGCCCACUUUUCACGAGAAACACGAGCCACAACACUCAGCUACGCAUACUCAUCCAGCUCAUGCCUUACUUCAACAGUCCUGUCAACACCAUCCCGCGGCCACCUUCGCUACUACACAACCUCAGACUCCCCAAACCCCCUCCUUAACCCAGACACAAGCCCCAGCCACUCCCUACUAACAGCCCACCACCUCGAAUCCCUUAACCAAUGUCGCCUCAGCGCCGUAUCCUCAAUAACAGUCUGCCACAACAUGAUAACAACCCUGGAACUAAGCCGCAUAACAGCCUCCCGCGUCGGAUCCGCCAUCUGGUUCUCCUUCUGGGACAGCAUGUACACCCACGAAACCCUACAAGUUAUAACUCGUUUCGUGAACCAAGCCCGGCGACGAAUAGAUUCGCUCUUCAACAAAACAGCAACACGCCUCCAUACAAUGCUCAAUCUAAUCCACAACUCCGUCCACUUCGCAGCGACCGAGGCGCAGGUUAUCUGGGAACUGGAAAUUAUUGAGGAACACGCCUACUGGGAGCGUGAACAUCGGCGACGCAAGGCAGCAAGGAUUCUCGAGAAGAUGCGCGCGCAUGUUCAGAAUGCAACGUAUUUGAUUAUUGAUGAGGACAAAUUGACAGAUAUGAAGAGGGGCAUUUUCAGUUUGGAUUUGCUUUGUGAUUAUUAUCCGCAUACGCUUGCGGAUGGACAUACGGCUGUUGUGUUGCCGGUUGGUGAGCCUGAGCCUAGGCCGUUCUUGCAGUAUGAUCCGAGUCUGGACCAGAGGAGCGGAACUGUGUUGAUACAUAAUGCGAGGCAUUAUCGAGUUGCGCCUGGGUUUCGACCAGCUGGAAACUAUUUUCUUGAUACGACGAGGUUGGUCUAG